AUGUUUUGUCACACGCCGGUAGCAUGUCGCCAUCGUCUAUUCCACCCGGUUAGGCAGAACAUCCCGUUUCACUUUAACACAGCCAAGAACAUGUUUCCGCUUAUCUACCAGAAUAACCUGUUGGCAAAGCCACGCAACAACUGGGAAGAUUAUGAGGGCCGUAGAGAGUUUGAUGAGGACCACCCGCUCCCAGUGGUGGGUACUCGUCUAAAUGAAUUGACGACAACACACAAGUGGUCGCAUUGGGAUCAAUAUUUGAAUCCGCAGAUCACCCUGAACGACCGCGACCUCACCCCUACACCCGAGUACGUCGGCCCUCGCAGUGGACACAACGUGAUCAAGAUGGGCUGGAUGAAGAUCGGUGGGAGCUGGAAGUAUUCCCGGGGCUACAACGACUCCAGGAAGGGUUUCGCCAAGGGGCAGUGGCAGGAGCGAAAAAUGACACCGCGCUUUAUGCUUGCACCGCGUGUGUCACCUGGCGGACCGCGAAAUCGUUACGAAGGGAAGGCUACCUUUUCACGUAUUCAGCUCAGCAAAAUACUUUGGGCUAUCGACAGCGGGCGGCUGAACCCCAACGAGGUGAUCACGCUUUACCACUUGCGGCAGGCGCGUGUCAUUGGAGGUUUUGAGAUAUACUGGCCAGGAAUGGUUUUACUUUCGGGAAACGUGGAGAAGGUUCCGUACCCGCUAAACAUUGAGUUACAAAACGCUUCCGCCAAAGCGAUUAAACUUAUCGAGGAGGCCGGAGGUUCGUUCACCUGCGUGUAUAUGACUCACGAUGGUCUGUAUCAGGAGCUUCAUCCGGAGGAGUUUCCCACCUUUCUCGAUCAAGAACUACCGGAAAAGAAAGGUUUGGAGAGUUUUGCCACAAAUCCGAACAAACGCGGGUGGCUGUCGCAAUGGUAUGAAGACGAGAACAAAUACGCACAUCCCGACGCAGGUCGCCGGUAUUCUCACUACGUUCGUCCACCGACUGAUAGAGAUUUCCCAUCGACUGUGGAGGAGUAUGAGUUAGUAAAGCACCAUCAAAAGUGGCACCUCAAUCAGCCCUCCACUGGAACCGUUCUUCCGUGGCAUUUGUACAAUACUACUGAUCUUGUCAGGAGGUCAACUGGGAAAAUCUAGGCGCAUUUUUUUGGGGGGGAUAAUUCUAACAAUGGUAUGGAUGUGUGGUAUUCUUAUACGCUCCUCCGUCUUCAGAUUGUAAAGGUGAGCGCUUGGAUUAUUUCGUUUUAAA